UUUACGUCGCCGUGCGCUAAUCCAACCUGCUCAGCAAUGCCGAAAAAGAAGACUGGUGCCCGCAAGAAGGCGGAAAACCGUAAGGAACGGGAAAAACAGAGUCGAGCCAACCGUGACCAUGUCGACGUGGCAAAGCACCCCUGCAACUCCGCUAUGGAAUGUGACAAGUGUGAAAGACGGCAGAAGAACCGAGCGUUCUGCUACUUCUGUGCGUCUGUGCAGAAGCUCCCCAUGUGUGCCCAGUGUGGUAAAACCAAGUGCAUGAAGUCAUCUGACUGUGUGAUCAAACAUCCGGGGCUCCACAGCACCGGCAUGGGCAUGGUGGGGGCGGUGUGUGAUUUCUGCGAGGCCUGGGUGUGUCACGGCAGGAAGUGUCUGAGCAGUCACGCCUGUGUCUGCCCGCUGUCAGACGCAGACUGCAUCGAGUGUGAACGCUGUGUCUGGGACCACGGAGGCAGGAUAUUCCGCUGCUGUUUCUGUCACAACUUCCUGUGUGAGGACGACCAGUUUGAGCACCAGGCCAGCUGUCAGGUCCUGCAGGCGGAGACCUACAAAUGUGUUUCCUGCAACAGACUUGGGCAGCACUCCUGUCUGCGCUGCAAGGCCUGUUUCUGUGACGACCACGUGAGGAGCAAGGUGUUCAAGCAGGAGAAGGGGAAAAACCUGCCGUGCCCCAAAUGUGGCCACGAGACCCAGGAGACCAAAGACCUCAGCAUGUCUACCCGCUCGCUGAAGUUUGGCCGUCAGAGUGGCGCCGACGAGGAGAGCUACGGCUACGGAGCCUCUGGCUACGAUAGCUACUGGAAAAGCGUCUCCAGCGCGGGGCAGGAGGAGGAGGGGGAGGAGGACUAUGACGAAGACGAGGAGGAGGAAGAGGAGGAGGAAGAGGAGGAGGAAGAGGAGGAGGAGGUGGUGGAUAAUCUGGCUGGUCUCAAAUUGGAGGGCGCCAUGGUAACCGGGGACAGCCACUGAGGAUGAAGCUUCCCCACAGCGCCACCUAGUGAGGGGAGGGAGUUGGGCGGUCUGACGUGUGUUUUUCUGCGAUACCUUGUCAUACAACAAUGUUCUACUUCACUUGAUUUUUGUUCUCAUCUUCUAAUGUUGAGGUGAACUGGAAAAAAUUGAUAUUGUCUGCAAAGGUAUCCUCCACAUAGAUUACUGCUUUAUGACUGUAGACAGUACCAUACAAUAUAGCCUAGUUUUACUGACAGUUUUUAAUUCCUUCAUAAAUGGUAGCUGUAUAUUUAGUUCACAUGCAAGACUUAAAAUAAAGCUAUCAAUUUAACUGUG